AUGGAUAACGGCAUGGUGGAGGGGCCCGCGGUGCGAGUGCUGGGCACCGUGAUGACCGACGAGACGGUCCCCGAGGGUCACCAGGGGCUGCACGGGUUCCUGUACGGCUCGCAGGGCGCAGACGUGCACGACGCGCCGUCGCAGUCGUACGCGUUACAGCAGGGCGAGGACGACGGGUCGCUGCAGCUGCCGCUCUCCGACUACGUCGCGCGCCGCGAGACGCUCAAGCUCGCCGGAAUCUACGCCGUGUACGACGCGGCGGGCGCGCUGCAGUACGUGGGGUUCAGCCGCAGCGUCGUUCUCGCGCUCAAGGGCCACGCGGCGUUCGUGGGCGCGGAGCGCGCGAGCAGCGUGCGCGUGCGCGUGUACAGCGACGCGGCGAUGAUCACCCGCGCGCGGCUCGAGGAGGAGCGGCAGAAGUGGAUCCCGCAGCUCAUGGCACUGUCCGGUGCCGCUGAUUCGCAGAAGUUUCCUCCCGGCAACAGCGCCGACCUCGCGGAGUGGGAGGGCCCGAGCGGGCCGGGCACGGCGGCGAUGAGCGCGGCGGAGGUGGCGGAGUACGAGGAGAAGAAGCUGAAGCUGCGCAAGGCCAUGGGGGAGAACCUCGCGGACGCCGUCGCGGACGAGACAGAGGACGCGCGCACGCGCCGCCUCAACCUGCUCAGGGCCACGGAGGGCGACGACUGGAGUUCAGUUAUUGACAGACAGACAGCCUCCACUCUACCCACAGACGGCCCUGCUGCUGUUGCCACUGCAUCCGCAGCAGCAACAACAGAUUCGGCCACAGGCACUAUCGUGAGCCCGUUUGCACGGGGCGCGGGCAGCAAAGGAGGGGUGAAGGAGGAGGUUGAGAUGACGGUGGCAGCGGUGGAUGCGGCGUUGGAGGCAGUAAGGCCGUACCUCAUUGCGGAUGGCGGCAAUGUGGAGGUGGCUGGGAUCGCCGAUGGCGUCGUGUCCGUCCGGCUGCAAGGCGCAUGUGGCACGUGCCCCAGCUCCACGUCCACAAUGAAGAUGGGCAUCGAGGCGGAGCUGCAGCGCUGCUUCCCCACGCAGCUCAAGGAGGUCGUGCAAGUGGACGUCAUCGACACUUCCGUCACCGUUGCCGCGGUAGACGGCCAUCUGGACAUGCUGCGGCCGGCCAUCAGUGGGUUCGGAGGGCGAGUGCAGGUGGUGGAAGUGAACGAGGCAGAGGGCACAUGCCGUGUGGCGUACGAGGGCCCGCCUACUGUUGCCAUGGGCAUCCAGGCAGCUAUCAAGGACAAGUUCCCUGCUCUCAAAACUGUGGACGUUGUUGGGUUCGCGUAA